AGAGAGAGAGAGAGAGAGAGAGAGAGAGAGAGAUUCCAAGAUGAAGUUGUUGGCGGUCAAGAAGAGUACGAAGAUGCUGCUGAGGAGGAGGAUUCACAACGCCAUAAAUACGGGACGGCGAUUGAGGCGGAAGAGGAAGAAGAGGAUGAUGAGGGGUGGAGAGGGGGGCUUGGAGAGAGGGGUGGGCUGACGCGUUACCCGGGCAUCGAGAACUUGUUGGCACAGCCACCCACGGCCACUCUACCACCACCACCACGCCCUCGCCCGCCCCCCACAGCUGUUUCUGAAAUCGUAAACAAACAAGACCUUGUCAAACCCGAGAGAAAGGAAGAAGAGAAGGAAACCUUGGCUGAAGAAGAGCACAGUAAAGGUGAGGUCGAGGAAGGUGGUGAGAAGGACGUCUUAUGGAAGUCACUCUUGGCGAGAUACGCAAUUGACGAGACUCCGCGUGACACUGACCAGAACGAUCAGAGUGUCGAAGAAGAAGCUCCUGAGUUUGUGGGCACCGCGGAGGAGAUUGUUGAGAAAUAUGCCUCCAAGUUCGAGUCUGAGGAAGUUCCCAAAGAGGAUGAGGACAGCCAACAGGAAGUGUCCGCUGAGGAGUUCACUGCCAAGGUCGGGAAGCGUCUUGAGGAGUACCUGGCCCGCAUGGAGGAGGACGAGGAAGAGUCAGCAUAUAAGGUCAGUCAAACCACGGACGCAACAGAUGUUAAGGAAGACACAGAGGAAGAAGAUACGGGAAGACAGAUCACAGAAUUUGAGGAUGACAGCCUGGAAGGCAGAGAUAUUGAGACGGAGGUCGAAGAAUUUCCUAGAGAUAUCGACACUGAAUAUAAUAAUGAAAACCGAAUCUUUAUUCUCAUUGACGAUGAGGAAAGUGAGGAUGAUCGUCGCGCAGCUAAUGACGUCUCAGAAGGAUCAGAGCUGGAACAGGUAGAGUCCUCAGACACAGGCGCAAAGUCCAGUGACCACCCUGAAGACCUGAUAGAAACAGAGGAGGAAGCUCCUCAAGUAGAUUCUGAACUAGAAGAUAAACUUGCCGAGGGAGAUGAAGAGCUCGGUGGUGAGAUGAUGACUGAUGACGCCGUUGCUGUCAGUGAAGAAGACACAGACAGAGCUGUUGCAAAAGAUCCAGAAAAAACAGCCCAUCAAAAGGAAAGUAUAAAGGAAGUCAAGGCCAUCCAUAUGGACGUAGAAGAGCCAUUUGUAGCAGAAGCUGCAGCGGUUAUUGAGGUAGCAUUAGAACCACAGGAACAGUUAGAAGAAAAGGUGAAGAACAGAACAGCUGAAGAUCACACAGAAGAGAGUGGCAGAGCUGAGGUUGUUAAGUUAAGGAAGGACGAAUCACAAGAAAGUACAGAGGCUCGACGUCUUGGUGUGACAGUGAGGUUCAGCGGCGUCAUUGUGGAGCCUGAAGAGACGGAGGAGGAGUGUAGUGUGGAUAGUGGGGAGGAAGACGAAGGGGAGGACGUUGUAGCGGGAGAGACAACAGCUUUAGUGUCCGAAGAGCAAAAAACGUCUGUAGAAGAAGUAAUGCUUGAGGAACAGGGACCACCCUCAGAUACUGUAGCCAAGGAGGUCGAGCCUGAAGAAGAGUCAUCACCAGAAGAAAAGGAGCCAGAAAAACAAGAGGUAUCAUUGGAAGAGGAGGUGAAGGUGGAGACAGAGCAGGUGACAAUGAAGCACAAGGAUGGAGAGGAAACCGAGGAAGUAGACAUGGAGGAGGAGGAGGAGGAGGAAGGGGAGGAGGAGAAAGCUACUGGGGUUGAGGAGAGUCAGGACCUAGAUGUUACCAAGCAGACAGUCAAAUCGAUUAGUGAAGAAUCCGAGUUGGUGGUGGCUGCUGCAACCACUGAUGAAGGAGUUUCCACAGACCACGUCAUGACAAAGGAACCCGAAAAAGAAAUGGGUCCUGAGGGUGUCCAGUUAGAUGUAGAAGGGGAAGAAGAGGAGGAGGAGGAAGAAGAGGGGGAGGAGGAAGAAGAGGGGGAGGAAGAAGAGGUGGAAGAAGAAGAGGAGGAGGAGGAGGAAGAAGAGGAGGAGGAGGAGGAAGAAGAAGAGGUGGUGGUGUUACAUGAGGAUACCACAGCCCAAAUUACAGACAUUGAGACGCAAGAGAAAGGUGAAUCUGAAGGGGAGGACAUCCUUGGACAGCAGGUAGACUCUGAGGACUCCAAAGUGGUCCCAGAGGAAGUGAAACAAGAGAAGGUAGAUGUAGAGAAAGUGAGAGAAGUGAAGCAAGAGGUGGUAGAAGUGAGAGAAGUGAAGGAAGAGAGAGAAGUGAAGCAUGAGGUGGUAGAAGUGAGAGAAGUGAAGCAAGAGGAGAUUGAAGUAGAUGAAGUGAGAAAAGCGAAGGAACAGGAGAUAAAAGUAGAGACAGAGAUAGAAGUGAAGCAAGAGGAGAUUGAAGUAGAUGAAGUGAGAAAAGUGAAGGAAGAGGAGAUAAAAGUAGAGACAGAGAUAGAAGUGAAGCAAGAGGAGAUAAAAGUUGAAGAAGAGAAAGAAGUGAUAGAAGAGGAGAUAGACGUAGAGGAAGAGCGAGAAGUGAAAGAAGAUGAGAUAGAAGUUGAAGAAGAAAGAGAGAUGAAGCAAGAGGAGAUAGAUGUAGAGGAAGGGAGAGAGAUGAAGCAAGAGGAGAUAGAUGUAGAGGAAGGGAGAGAGAUGAAGCAAGAGGAGAUAGAUGUAGAGGAAGGGAGAGAGGUGAAGCAAGAGGAGAUAGAUGUAGAGGAAGGGAGAGAGGUGAAGCAGGAGGAGAUAGAUGUAGAGGAAGGGAGAGAGAUGAAGCAAGAGGAGAUAGAUGUAGAGGAAGGGAGAGAGAUGAAGCAAGAGGAGAUAGAUGUAGAGGAAGGGAGAGAGGUGAAGCAGGAGGAGAUAGAUGAUCAGGCAAUGGCAGAAGAGGAACUGCCCGAAUUUACUGAAGUACUGAGAGAGGAAAAGAUGGAAGAGGAGGAGGUUGGUGAGGACAAAGAACUUGAGGUUACAGAAGCACUGGUUGACGAGGACCUUCCCUUGGCUACUCCUUCAACAGAAAUGAUGGAAGAGGAUGUUGAAGAGGUGAUGGAGGUGGAUGUUGAGGACAAUGUUAGCGAGACAAUGGAAGAGGCACUAGAGAUCGAGUUGUCUGACGUAGAGGAUAUGCAUGAGGUACCUGAGAGCCCCGUCUUGCCCCUUGUAGAUGACUUUGAGGAUUAUUUGGCUGAAGUUGAGGACCUGCUGGUGAAGCCUCCGAGACGCAAAGACCCCCUAAAGACCUUCUUAGACGAGCCAGAUUUGGCGGCGGAGGGUGAAGCGAUGGCUGAAGGUGGAGUGAAUCCGCUUUUGGCGAAAUACAUGUCAAUGCCCACAACUCUGACUCGCGAAGAGGAAGAAGAACUGAAAACUUACUUGGCUGAAAGUGAGGAUGCAAAGGAACUUGAAUUAGGAAAGUUUUUGUCAUUGCCGGCAACACUGACGGAGCAGGAACAGAGGGAAUUGGAUGAGGCUGUGCAGGAGCACGAGUUAGUGCGGGGCGUUGAGCGUCGUGACCUUGGGAGGUUCUUGAACAUGCCAGCAGGCUUGACGGAGCAGGAGCAGCGUGAACUUCAAGAACUGGAGCAGCAGGAGGAGGAGGAAGUUGAACGCCCAUGGGAAAAUAAGGAGGCUAGUUUUGACGACUAUCUGUCCAUGCCUCACGCCCUCACGGAAGAAGAAGAAAGAUUACUAAAAGAAGGUGAGGAGGAAGAGUUGGAAUUUGAAAACGAGGAGGAAUAUCGUGAGUACAUCAAGAAUAAGUUCCUUCGCGACCUUGAAGACGAUGCUUAUCGUAUGGCAGAAGAGGACGACGAAUACGACUACGAAGAUUAUGAUGACGAGUACGAAUACGAAGACGACUAUGAAGAUGAGGAUGAGGGUGAAAUGGAGGGGGAAUAUGUCAUGGUAACUGACGAUGUUCAGGAAAUGGGUGAAGCUCAGGCCACAGGCGGGGUCCCAGGGGCCACAGGCGGGGUCCCAGGGGCCACAGGCGGGGUCCCAGGGGCCACAGGCGGGGUCCCAGGGGCCACAGGCGGGGUCCCAGGGGCCACAGGCAGGGUCCCAGGGGUCACAGGCAGGGUCCCAGGGGCCACAGCCGGGGUCCCAGCUUCCUCUGCCACUGCUGCUGCAGCGACCGCCAUGGUGGACGAGGCAAUCAACACGGAAACCGAACCCACAGAUGCAGGGAAGAGACCAAAGACAAACUUGUUUGGUUUUCAAAAGAAGAACGAUAAAGAAACUACGCCAGAAGAGGCAGCAGCUCCGUCCAAAAAGUUUUUUCACUUCGGCGGCCUUGGGGCCAAAAGGAAAAAGGGGGCUCCUGAGUCCCUGGACGACAAAACUCCAGAGAACGGUUCCAACAAGAAAUUUGAUGGGGGCGGCGGAGGCUCACUCAACACCGCCUACUGCAGUAUUCAACACAAGUUGGGAGGUGAACUCGGGCAGGCUAUACCACUCAAGGCGAUGAAGGACCAGCUCAGGAAGAAGGUGCCUGAGAAAAAUGCAAACGGGGUAAGAGCUCUGAGGAAAGUUUGGCUGAAGAAGAAAAUAGACAACGGUAAACCCGCAACAACUGAUUCUCAGUCACUCACAAACAGGCAGAGAAUUCCUGCUGUCAGAAUAAAACACGUGUCUAAGCCGACAGGGAACGUUGAGGUGGCAGACACAAGGUUUGGUGGCGAUGACGACUCGCAGCCAACUAAGAUUACUGAACUAGACGACGAAAAUAUUUUUGAAGAAUGUAAAAAUAAGAAAUAUGUUCAAUAUCUAAAUCUGGUAGGUAAAGGAGAGGUUGUAGAGGAGAAGGAACCCAGACGUGACCUUCCCGACAGACCAGGCAUCCAUGAGGUGCCAGAAAUAGUUGUUGGUGAUGGGGACGAGGAUAUGGAUGAAGAAAUUGCAAAUGUUUUCACAGCAGAGCAGAGUGCUGCCGCCGACACAGAUGACCCCCUGAAGGGGAAUGGCAGCCCCUUAGACGACGAGGAGGAUUUCUGGCGGCAGUGGAGGAGCGAGGAACAGGCCAUUGUGACGAGGGGCAGGGACUCUGCCUCCCCCUGGCAGCUUAACCAGGACAAAGGUGGCUGCGUCACUCACGUCCACCAUGAUGAAAACGAAGACAUUGAAAGGAAAAUAAGUAGUCAAGAAAUGGGGAGGAAGUGUGACAGUGAGAUGGAUGCGAAUGUGGAGGUGAGCGAGAAAAAUUCCCUAGGUGAGCAUGAUGCAGGAGGUGCCAGUGGUGGGGGUGACGCCUACCUGGUGACUCACACACGCAGCACCAGUGAUAUCACUUUGAGCAUUGACAGUGAAAAGGGUGCCAAGUCUAGAGUCAGAACUGUUGAAAACGGUGCAACUGGCACCAUUGACCGAAAUCCAAUGCCAAGUGAUAGUUUUCUCUCGGGUAAAGGAGGUGCCCCUGGAGGUGAGGAGGGACACAGUCAGGAGGCGAGUAUCGCCUCCUCGUCCUCGCCACCAUCAUCAUCAUCUCAACAAUGCACAACAGUCCAGCAUAAAGGGUCCGCCAUGUCUGACGUGGAUAGCACGGACGCCGCCGUAAGUAAUAACCAACUGGACGACGACUCCCUCGAGUUUGCUGUCAACACUAACCUGCCCCUGACGGCCACCAAGGCCUCCCCUGGGGGCGCCGCCCCUUCCCUCCAAGAACUAAUAGAGGCAGAACUAAGUGUCCGCUUGUUACAGCCGGACUCCCUCGAGCCCCCCGCCUCCCCCGCCCUCCACUCCCUUCUCAGCUAUGACUCCAUAGAGCCCGUGUCGGGGCGGCCUGGUCCCGCCCUCUCCCUAGACUCCCUCAUGGGCCUCGACCCCCUGAAGGACCCUCUGGGCCAGGUCGAUGUGGAGAGCGGUAUAGACAUCCUUUCCCCCACUAAACUUGAUGACUUUAGUAACCCGGACUCUCUGGAGUCCUCCUCCGACCUAUUAGGUUCACCCACCCACUGUUCCCCUGAACCCCUCGGUGAGGUGAUCACUACCAUAGAAAACGAUGCACCACUCCUGCUGGUGGAGGACCUAGUAGACACACAUACUCACCAGCGGGUCACUGUGGAGAACUCUCUCCUUAUAGUGGAAGAAGAAGACCUGAUUGUCACGCACGAGGAACCACAGCCCAGUUCAGCUCCUCUUCUUGACAUAGAAACACGCCUUUCGCCACAGCUGGAAGCUGAAUCAACUCGUGCAACGGUACAAGACAAUGACGUUGAAGUUGAUCUUGCAGAGAUAGAGUCAGACACAGCGUUCCUGAGAAUACUAAAGUCAACAGAGUUGCUAAACGUAGAAACACACUCACAGUCUGGCUCUAGAUCUGAGGAACAGUCGGAGUUCUCUGAGAGCUCGGCUGAUGUAUAUCAAACUACCACAGACUCAUACACGUCCAGUGGGGCCACGACCCAGGACGAUACUGCCCCGCACAACACGACUGACGAAAGUCAGGAGGCGGACCAGUGGCUUGUUGACACGCAGGAAUCUGCCGAUGGCAGCCUCCCAGACAGUCAUGUUGUCUCGGAAGAAACGGUAUCAGUUACUAAGAGCACGAGAACUACGUCUUCAAUCAUGAGCUCUAGCAACACGGAGGGAAGCACCUCUGACCUCAUGCCCACAGAUGUGUCAUACUCCCCGAGUCCUCACUCCUCCCAAGACGUCAGCAUCACCCCCGAGUCCUCUUCCCCUUUGCUGCCUUCAUCCCCCAGUGUAGACACCCCCGGCGCCCUCUCCCCGAGUGCUACUAACAGCGUGUGUGGUGGUGUAUCCUCUAACGGUGGUGAUGUGGACCCUGGCCAGGUUGAGGCCAGGUGGGAUGGUGAUAACUCAGCCAGUGGUGUUGGUGGUGAGGAGACGUCCUCGACACCCGCCAGUGGUGGCAGUGACGAGGACACCCUUCCCGGUAGUGACUCUAACAUGGAUGUCUCCCGCGACGAUGACAAGGACUUCUGGGGAGACAAACAGGAGGACGAGGAAACCCCACGUCGUAGCUCCAAGAAGGACGAAGAGGAAGACGACGACGACGAGGAGGAAACCCCACGUGUUAGCCUCUUCUCCAUGGGUGGCGAUGGCGAUGAGGCCCCGCGUUUUAGCUUUUUCUCCAAGGGCGACGACGACGAUGAUGAACGCCCCCGUCUGCCUAAAUCCCUCUUUAAGGAUAGCGACGAGGAGAUGGAGUUCAUCCGUAGUCAUCUGAACCCGAGGACAGAGGAGGGUCUGGACGAGGACGUGAAGGGCGCGCCAGCUACGAACGGCGUAAGAGCCACGACCACAGAUAAGAAGAAGAAGAAGUCCGAAGAUGGCGACAAGAAGUCCAAGAAAAAGAAGAAGAAGAAGAAGAAGGGCGAGUCAGAAAAGGAGAAUAAGGAAUCUGCCACAAACAGCUCUCACAGUGGUCUAGAUAGUGAAGAGGAGGAUCUGCCUGCCCCUACACCACCUCUGUUCAAUGGGCAUGCCAUAACAAAUGGUUUGGCACACCAUGCCAAAGAAGACGUCCAUCAAAAGGAUGAAGCAUUCAGUGACAGGGAGUCAUUCAGUGACCAUGACGCAUUUAGCAAAGAAGAUUUUCACAGCUUAGUCGAGGUCUACAACAGGGAAGGCUCACCGAAGAAAGAAGUCCGUUCCCAGACUCCCUUGAGUGAUGAGGAAGACUUAGCUGGUGUCAGUGUAAAACAGUUGAGGGUGUCAUAUCUCAGUGCUGCACAAGAGAACGAUCAUCAGUCAGCAAAUAAACACAAGAUCACUCACAAGUCAGACAUUAAGGCAGACCUCAACACAAGUGUCAAUAUCAGCAGCCUGGUUGAUACGUAUUCCACACCUCAACCCCGAGCUCCUACACCCUCCAACCGCCCUGAUGACCUUGCACCAGUCUCACUGCAGUCACUGAAGUCAGUUUAUGAGGCGACAGCGACGGCCAGCAGUAGUGCGGGCAGCAGGUACGGCAGCAGCUGCGGCAGUUCUCCAGCUAGUAGCAGCCCUGCACCAAAGGAGGAACUAAACAUCUCUCUACACCAGCUGCGUGAAGAAUACUGCAGGUCAGUGCAGGACGGUCAUACUCAGAGCCACACACCCACCAGAACUCCUCCAGAAACUGGUGUUUCUAUCAGACAACUUACACGGAGUAUGACAGAUCUACGAGGUCUAGGUCAUGACAACAGCGCCAUAGUUGAGGAUGACCGCUCUGCCCUGGCUGCAGUCAACGUGAAAGCUUUGACGCGCAGCUUUUCCGACCUGACUCGACUUUCCGAACCUAUUGUGUCAUCGCCAUCCCGUGCUCUACCCCGACACGACAUUCCAACAUUCUCAGUCUCCGUUAAGAAAUUGAGGGCAAGUUACGGUGACCUGCCCAGCCUCCUGUCCAGCACAGAGUCAGGUAAACCUGCAGGUGUCUCCCCACGCUCACAGUCACACUCGCACACCAUGCGUCGCAGCUACGUUGACCAAGCCCGACUAUGUGAACCUCCAGGCGUGGCGGCGACGACUAAAGGCGGUGGUGGAGGUGGCCGCGACCGGUACAUCACCAAGGCCAACGUCGCGCGCCUUUGCGCGACGUUCGUGGGCCCAGUGCCCCGGCCCCCUGAGGCACCCAUUCAACGCAACAUCAACACUGGUGUGUCCGUGGCGCACAUGAAGGCGGCUUACCAAUACCGCGACGACCUGCUCGAGAAGCAUGUGGGGCCCCGCGUCCGCUCCUUCGAUGCCGCCAAAAUGAAGAGCAAGUUCGAAAAGCCUCAGCAAAUGUCACAGGUGUCGAGCGAGUGCCGGAUGUGCGGGAAGCAGGUGUUCCAGAUGGAGAAGAUCGUGGCGGAGAAGGCUUCCUGGCACAAGAACUGCUUCCGCUGCAAGGAGUGUAACACCAUCCUCACCUUGGAGACGUACCAGAGUCACGAGGGAGUUCUGUACUGCAAACCUCACUUCAAGGACCUCUUCCGCCCCAAGGCUGUCAUCGAGGACCCUGAUGAAGCCCGCAGAGAACGAUUGAUGCGACGGCCCAAGAUGAUCGUAUUGGAGAGCAAACCUGAGGCCCUGCCGGACGACGUCGUGCGAUCCACAGACAAGCCUGAUUACGGACUUGAAGAGCUGUCAUCUGCCAACUUGAGACAGAAGUUUGCUAUGUUUGAGCUUAUAUCUGCUGAAGAAGAGCUUAGGGAAGACCCAGUACCUAUCCGUCGCUCUCAAUCUCUGUUAAACAAGGCUGCCAAGUUCAUGCAAUCAGAUGGUGAUAACCAUGGGGUGGAAAACUCCGAGCUUGGUGAAUAUGAAGAGGAAGAUGAAGAUGAAGAUGAGGAUGAGGAGGAGGAGGAGGAGGAAGAGGACGAGGAAGAGGAUGAUGAUGGAAAAGUGAAAACAAAGAAGGGACGACCAACAAGCUUUAGUGGGAUGCAGGACCUCAAGGCAGGUUGGGCACAGAAAAACCGACGAGAGGAGAUGACAAAAAAACGAAGAGAAGAAUUAUCAAGAUUCCGACAAAUGCUCUGUGCUGGCAAGAACAUCACUACCAGAGAAAUGUUUGAAGCUGCUAACUUUGAUGAUCCAGAAAAGCGCUUAAAACGCAAAGAGCCAAUUGCCAUCGAGGGUCGUCCUGCUGCAAAAAAUUUGAGGGAAAAGUUUGAGAAGGGUAUAUCUGUGAACGAGGAUGAUGAAGAUGAGGAUGGUGAACGCAGAGAAGUAGAUGACGUUUUUAGGAAUGCAGAGACAGCCAGCAAAGCUCGUAACUUGUUUAAGAAGAUAGAUUCAGCCGUAGCAGAAGGCGAAGAACCAGUGGUGCGCCUCCGCUCCUCUGCAAAAGCACGUCGAGAAAACAGGUUAUCACAAGAUGGCAAGCGAAUUCGCAAUUUCACUUCGCAGGUGUCUGGUGAUCAGUCUCAGGAUGGGAAUGAGGAUGAAGAAGUUUCCAUAGAAAAUUCUUCUCUAAUCAACCGCUUUAAGUUCUUUGCCAACUAUGAAGAUCGCGCUAAAGAAGAAGAAAUGAGGCGGAAGAAAGUUUUCCGCUUCACACCUCCACGUGAUGCUGCGGACAAGGUUGAUGAAGAUCUAGUUAAGGCGCAUUUGCCCAAACGUUGCAUGGCAAUUAACUGUGCGGUGUGCAGGCUUCGGGGUAUCGAUAUUGAAGAGCAAGAGUUGGGACGUGACCCCAACCUCAUCCGAUGCACAGACAAUUAUCAAGAUGAAGUGGAUUGCCGCAAAACUCGCAGUGUACUUGCAAUGUUCAAGAAAAUGGAACUGCAGAGCGAAGAGGAAGAAAGAGGUCCUCGUCCUCUGAAGCGAUUUACUCCACCUCCUGAAGGAGAGGAAGAAGAUUCUGAUGAUGAGGAAUAUUCAGAUGAGGAGUAUUCUGAUGAAGAUGAUGAGGAGGAUAGUGAGGAGGAGGAGGAGGAAGAUGAGGAUGAAAGAAAACCAAAGUACAAGGAUGAAGUCUUGGAGAUGCUGGUUAAAUCCUCACAGAGUGCCAAAAAGGCAGCCUCGCUGCGUGCCAAAUUCGAGAAGUGGGAAUCAGAGGUUGAGCGCAACAACGAGUACAACCGUGGUGAGGCUCCCGAAGGUGAAGAAGAAGGUAUGCCAUCUAUUGACACCGCCCGUAACCUCCGUGCCAUGUUUGAGAACAAGGCCCAGGAGGCAUCCCGGCCGGUUACUAAUCAUCCUAAGGUCAAGAUCAACAGAUUUGUGGGUGGUGGGGGGGACAAAUGUAUGCGGUGUAAUCGCACUGUAUAUGCCAUGGAGAGACUGGAAGUUGCAGGGCGUGUACUUCACAAGAACUGCUUCAAGUGCUGCAAGUGUAAUACUACUCUUAGUAUGAAUACAUUCUCCAUAGGCGGUGACGACAUGUACUGCACAACACAUUACAAACAAGCUUUUACAGAAAAGGGAACUUAUGAUGUAUUUACUCCUAAUAAAGGCAAGUGGACACGAAAAAUUGAAGCUACAAAUUCCGAAUCUCCAAAGAAUCAAGAGUAAUGGAUCUUAACUUUUUAAAAAUUAUUUGUAUCUUAUGGAAAUCACAGCCAGGCUGUUCUUGAAGUGGACUGUACAUAACUUGUUCAGUUGAGGAUAUGGGGAUGUAGCCUUUGAAGAUUUUUAAGAUCAGCCGUUGAGAGAUUGGUGUUCCUCCUUUUGGUGACUCACAUUAUUUAUUUGAAGAGUGACUUUCUCCCUUUCAAUGGAUUGACAUACCCAUGUCAUCAAAGUUGUCUACAGUGUUGUAAUACACCAACAUAAAUGAAGUGAUCAACUCCGUUUUUCUACCCAGAACAAAUGGUUACAUUGCAUAGCAUUUCUGGAUGUUCAGCUAUUUUAUCAGUAAAAGACUAUGCUUUCACCCUCUGUAUCCAGGCAGUCUGAUAAUUUUAUUCCACUUUGUGGUGUAAUAUUUAGGGCCUUUAAUCGUAUUAGUGAUGAUAAAUAUGUACCUGGUGGUGAUGACUGAAUGGUCAAGUUGCCAGUGCUAGUUGACAGUGAAUGACUUAAUGCUGUAUGAUGUGCCAGUUGUUUGUCUUUCACUGGAGAUGAUUACUGAAUCUAAGAAUAAUAGUAAGCUCCAACUUCUUGCAAUUGUUUUUGCUUUGAAUAGAAAACUGACCUUAAACUUCACAUAUGCCAAAGCAUACCUGUCAAAGUUCCACCCCUCUGGAUAAUACAUCCUUCAUCCUCAACUGAAACUUGUUAUUGUUCCUAAUGCUUGUGUAAGAACAGUUACAGUCCACACCAGAACUUGGAGGUGAGUAACUCCAUGUCCAGUCAGAAAGGCCUGUGCCACAAGUCCUGUCCAGGAAUUUCCUCCUUAUAUAGGCACGGUUUACCCCCCCAUUAGUGCCACCGGCAGAUCUGAAAAUGACCUCUAAUUUCACUUUCAGGCUAAGAAGAAGUGAUAUCUCUUGGCACUUGUUCAGCAAGUAUUCCAGAGAAUGUCUGAAUCAACGCUUCUCUUGUAUAGCCUGACAAUUAGUGUAAAGUAUAAUUUAUGUUGCACUUAAUGUGUAGCCCAUUAUAAAUCAUUUCAUUUUACUGUGUGCUUGGUCACAUCUGGUCACUUGAUGCCACAUAUGAAUUAGACUAGUCAUAGCAUUUUUUUCUUAACACAAUGUAAUGUAAGGUCUUGUGCAUAGGCAGCUGCCACACCACAAAACUAACUAGAAACAUCUUGCAAUCCAGCAUCACUGGAUUCUUGCAUGUUGUAAAUGAUGUGGAAGAAACUCCACUUCUUUAGAGAUAUAUAUAAUGGUUCUCAAGAGUUUUGGGGAUGGUAUCAAGACUGUAUUAAGUUUCACUGCCACCUGUGACCUGCCUGUAGGAAAUAUCAUUGGCACUUGGUCCUUCUCAGAUGGCACAAAUAUCAUAAAUCCUGUUAUUAUUUUUAUUUUUAUUUUUUUAAAGAGAAUUUGCUUUUUGGAGUUAUAAAGUAUUUCUUUUAUGAUUUAAUAUCAAAUCAGUUAUGAAAUUGGGAAUUUUCUCUGAAUGAAGGAUACAGUAAUCUCUCCCGAAGAAAUCCUGUUUUUUGUCCUUUUUUCUACCUAAUUUUAAAAUGAAGCAGAGUUCAAAUGUAAAACUCUCUCUGUAUAUAUUGAGAAUCUUUUACUGUAUUCAGUAUACAUUUGUGCAGUUUUAAAUUUUGUAUUGUAGAAUGUGAGAUUAUAAUACAAUUGAUAUUUGGUUAUGCAAUACUGAUUAGUGGCUUAUACGUACUCAGUUUGAAAUGCCCAUAAAUUUUGUAUGUUUUUCUGGACAAAAUAAUAAUUGAUUUUGUUUA